AUGUGUAAUGAGCUUAAGCGAGCACAACAAAUUAAGAGAAAUCAAAUGUCAGAAAGAUAUCAAUUGGGAGACUUUUGUGCACAAUUUGGGAUUGAAGGACCUUCUAAUCCCAAUCAAAAGAUUUUUUCCAAAGAAGAUCAAAAGAGAAGAUACAAAAAGCGUCAUCGUUCAAAACGAUAUAAGGAAAUGAAGGAAGGUAAGAAAGCUUCUAGGAAGGCAACAAGAUUUGCCAGAAAUUUCUCUAAAAGAGAUUUAAAGAAUAUCAAAUGUUACAAAUGUGGUAAAUUUGAUCAUCUUGCUUCAAACUGCAAAGCAGAAAAGCUUAAAGCUUUGGAAUUGGAUGAUUCAACAGAAGAAAAAAUUUAUGAGCUAUUAUACGAAUCAGAUUCGGGUUCUUCUCAUUAUAGUUCAGAUUCUAAUAGUGAUAAGGAUAAAUCUGAUGCUACUAAUAAGUGUGUCAAUUGUACAGGUGAUACUUGUGUUUGCGGACAAGAUGAAUCUUAUAAAAUCCAGUCUCAAAUAGAAGAAUAA